CUGCAGAGGAUGAAGCAGCAGAUGCAGGACCAGUGACGCUCGCCGCGGACACACCGUCCGUCUCCGGGACGCCCUCCCACCCCUGGACCCCAGACCGGACUGUUCCCGACCCGGAGACGCGGGGCCACAGCCCCCAGCUGACCCUAAUUUAUUCUCAGCACCACCCCCUCCCAGAUCAUUGUAUCUGCUUCCGAGGGGCCUGGACCAUAGCCCCCGCCCAGCUGGCCCUCUCUGACCUUGGGGGAUCAGGAGCGAAGUUGGGCGGGACUUCAGAGAUCCGCCUCCCUUGCCCUUCCCCCGCCCCCGGACGGUCACAGCACCCAAACUGCAGGCCCUGCUCUGGCAGGCAGGCAAAGCUAGGCAGAAGAGGAUUCCCAGGAUCCUGGGUCUGUUGCCUGCCCCAGUGCUGCAGAACGGACUUGGGAGCCCUCCUUUGCCUGCUCCCGCGGGUCACCCAGCGAGUGCUGAGACCCCGUUUUCUGUCGAGGCGGGCCGAGUCUUCCCUUAUCCCCAGAAGCCUAGCGGGCAGGGUUGGGCUGAAUCAAAUGGGAGCCCUCCAGACAUAAGGAGGCCAGAGGCUGCAAGGAGGGCGGGCCGUGACCGCUCACACCCUUUCUCCACAGCCUGGCCCGACCUGGAGGGCUCCCGGGGCACUGGGCGGUGAGCCACCUCCUGGCAACUCUCGGUGCCGUCCCCUGCCCUCGCUCGAGGCCUCUUCUCCCCAGCACCGCUGUGGUGUGCCGGGAUCCUGAGCCUCGGCCUCCCGAUCUUCCCACCCGCAUGAUCCCUUCCCGCCACACGAUGCUUCGUUUUGUUCCGUUGUGAAUGCCGCGUCCUGUCCUGGUGACAGGAGAACAAUGUUGGUGAACGUCGCAGCGGGUGUCCGAGUGCUCCGUGUGCCCCUGAGAGCGGGUGGGAGCGGAAGCCUGAGCGGCCUGCGGCCUCCGGCGAUAGUGUGCUAUCUGCCGCUGCAGCGCGCGUCCGUGCGGCCUCUGGGCUAUUUCUGGCCGGGCCGCAGCACUGUGGUCGGUGCGGGCGUGGCAGAGGCGGGGCGGCUUUAUCACUCGGCUCUCCCGCCUACGCCUCCCGCUCCAGAGUAAGCCGGGCAGCCGUCUUCUCGCCAUGGGCUCCGGGCCGCGCGGGGCGCUGAGCUUACUGCUCCUGCUGCUGGCCCCGCAGAGCCGCCCGGCCGCAGGUUGCCCGGCGCCCUGUAGCUGCGCGGGGACGCUCGUGGACUGCGGGCGCCGCGGGCUGACUUGGGCCUCGCUGCCGACCGCCUUCCCUGUCGACACAACCGAGCUGGUGCUGACCGGCAACAACCUGACGGCGCUGCCGCCGGGGCUGCUGGACGCGCUGCCAGCGCUGCGCACCGCACACCUGGGCGCCAACCCCUGGCGCUGCGACUGCCGCCUUGUGCCGCUGCGCGCCUGGCUGGCCGGCCGCCCUGAGCGUGCGCCCUACCGCGACCUGCGUUGCGUGGCGCCCCCAGCGCUGCGCGGCCGCCUGCUGCCCUACCUGGCCGAGGACGAGCUACGCGCCGCUUGCGCUCCCGGCCCGCUCUGCUGGGGGGCGCUGGCGGCGCAGCUUGCGCUGCUGGGCCUUGGGCUGCUGCACGCGUUGCUGCUGGUGCUGCUGCUGUGCCGCCUGCGGAGUCUGCGGGCCCGCGCCCGCGCUCGCGCCCGCGCCGCAGCCCGGCUGUCGCUGACCGACCCGCUGGUGGCGGAGCGAGCCGGAACCGACGAGUCUUGAGGAGAGAACUGGCGCGUCCUGAGGAGAGAACCGGCGCUGGGCAACGCGGGCCUGCAAACUCGACAGGACCCUGCCCGAGGGGCCCUCGCGCCAACCUGGAUCGGUCUCCGCCUCCUCCGCUGCCCAAUCUCUCAGACCCACCCCACCUGCAGGCCCAGACCACGUGGGACAGAACUCCUGCCCACCCUACCCCGAGCGAGGCGAACCCGCACCUCCAGGCUUGGGAGGACCAUGGGGCACAAUGCGGUCCAGACCCUGCUGCGUCUCCCUUCCAAACUCUGGUGCUGAAUAAACCCUUCUGAUCUGG